AUGCAAGGGAAUGAAAUUGAAAAAGAAAAAAAUAAUGAAAUAAUUAAUAAACAAACAUUAAAUAAUAAUGAAAAUAAUGAUGAAAAAAUGAAUAAAUUGGAGGAUAGACUUGAACAAGCUGGAAUUGUAAAACCUCCAGAUGGAGCUUUUGGGUGGGCUGUUGUUUUUGCUAGUUUUUGUACAAAUGGAAUUGUUGAUGGAAUUAUUUUUACCGUCAGUGCAAGUCUAGUACCCCGUUGGGAACGUUUUUUCAACAACAACACAGUAACUAAUGUAACUUCUCUUUUGGCUGGCUUUUAUUUACUUUCUGGCCCUUUAGCUUCUGCUUUGGCUAAUUCUUUUGGUUGUAACACUGUUGCCGUUGCUGGGGCUUUUAUUGCUGCAAUAGGCUUUCUUGUUAGUGCCUUAAUCCCUGCUUUGCCUGUUUUGUAUGUUGCUUUUGGAAUUAUUGGGGGAAUUGGUUUUGGACUUGUUUUUCUCCCCGCAAUUGUUAUUGUGGGGCAAUAUUUCUCAGAAAAAAGAGCUUUGGCAACGGGAAUUGCUGUUUGUGGUUCUGGUAUUGGAACUGCUAUUUUUGGGCAGAUUAAUCCAAUAAUUCUCGAUCAUUUUGACAAACUUGUUGGUGAAGAAGAUAGUUGGCGUAUUUUUUUACUUUUUCUUUCUGCAAUAACCCUAACUUGUGCAAUAUUUGGUUGCUUCUUUAAACCUUUAAAACCUUCAAAAUCGCAACUUGAACAAGUGGUUAAAAUUGCGAGUGAAUUUAUGGGAAAAGGUGGAAAUAAUGAGGAAAUAAUAUUGAGAGAGGAAAAUGAAGAAAAUAGUAAAAUUAUUAGAAGGCCUUCUGACACUACAAAAAUUACUCAAGGAGUGGAAAUUGAACGGUGA